CUAAACAAUACAACCAUAGCCCCCUCUUCUGACAUAUCUAAUCUUCUUCUACUCUCUCCUUUUCAAUUCAUACGUAGCAAUAUUAGAUCCCUUCGGUUUCAAUCUCCGAUGGAUAACCGUGGCCAAUCUCCUCCACCGGUGGUGACCAAUCGUAUUGACGGAUUAGGCUUCCUCAUCUACUUCGCAACAAAUCCGAAGAGUAAUUUAUUAAUACGUUAUAUGUUUUUGUUACAUAUGUGAUUAUUUGUUCCUCGUAAUUCUUGUAACCAUUCUUCGGAUGCUUAUUUCAAAAUCAUCACCCAUACUUGCAAUUCUUUUUACAAAUCCAAGAAAUUGUUUCAAGAUCAUACUUCUUUUUCUGUAUACAAAAUCUCGCAUCAAGCUGUCAUCUCAAUUGUUUUUUAGAUCCAAAAUCUCUGAUCAAUCUUUUUUAUCUCAAAAAGCCCAUAUAGCCCGGGCCGAAGCCCAUAUGGAGAAACUACUAACGUGGAACCAUUCUUGUUCCCCCCGCCCCCUUUCCUUCUAAACCCUAAGAUCGAUCUCACUGCCUUACUCCUGAUUUGUUUCUCCUGAACAAUGGCGGAUCUCUACCGCAUGUAUGGAGAGGAAGCCCCAACUGUUGGUAUGGUCGUGAUGAUUCAAGUCCGUAUUGUGAGCCCUAUGAGUUUAGUGUCUCUUCCUGAGUAUGGCAAUCUCGUGGGAUACAUUGAAGAGCCCGGAUCUGUUGUAGGCCGGAUUGAGCCAGCUCUUAUACUAAGUACUGCUCCCCACCUCCUACUCAGCAGGAACCUAACGUUUGAACAAAGACAUUCUUGUGAAGAGAGGUUUAUUAAGGCCAAACAUGUUCAAACUAUCAUGCGAUAUGUGGCUAGGUCGACCUCGCUUACUCUGCGGGAGUUGCAUGCUCUUCUUGGUUGGCCAUCUUACCAAGAUGUCAUCAACCUGGAUUCCAAUUUCUGGAGGUUUCCAGAAUACCUCCAUCCUCCUUUUAAAGCUUGUAUGCUUUUGAGUGUCUCAUGUCAUCCUCUCCGCCGCAACCCUAGGAUUCUGUGUCCCUCAAUGGUAAUCCAAAACCUUUUUACCUGUUGGGCUUAUGCCUUAAUUAGGCAAUUUGAAGGUCUUUUGAAGCUCAAUGGUAUAAUGGAGAUGGACGAGUAUCUGUAUGUCAAUGAUCUUAUUGAACUUACAACAACUAAGUCACCUAAAGGUGACAUACGUAGUCUAUCUGAAGCCAGGCGUGCUCUUGUAGAUUGCGGUAUCAGAUCUACAGAUGGGAACACUUACAAAUUAUCUUCAAUGAAAGUUCUCUCCAGUCAUAAUUAUAGUAGUGAAGAUUGGGACACUAUGCUAGAAGAACUUGCUAUGAAUGGGAGUCCGAUUGCAGUCACAGCUAUCUGGUUCGAUAGCUACACUUCCAAAGAAGAUAUAGUCUUUACCCCACUCAUUGAGGAACUGGAUGCAUAUUUUAAGAAACCUCGGCAGGGGAGGUGUCACACCAUGCUUUUGACAGGUGUUGGUGAAAAUGACGGGGAUGGAACCCCUUUCUAUGAGAUGCAAGACAGUGGCGGUGAUGUUCAGAAUGGUAACAGGGGGUUUCUACGUUUUUCCAGUUUUUAUUCUCCGGUCAUUGAGUGUGUUAAGAUGACGCUAUGAUCUUAUCUCCUGUCUUGUUUCGGGUUUAUUUAGCCAUAACUAGUAUGUCAAGUUUUUCCAGAGUGUUUUUGGCUAUUUCUUUGAUUGGUAUUUUAGUUUCUUGAAAUAUCUAUUUGUAAUGAAUAUUCUAAGUAUGAAGACGUUUGUAGAGACACUCAACAACGAUCGCAAAGUAGUGAAGAAAUUAAACGUGUUA